AUGUCGGCCGCCACUGCAACCACAGCGUCCACGACCACGACGACGGUCGUGGCGCCCUCCGACACCCUCGACGGCACCGCACUCGCAGCCGCAGCCGCAUCAAAGUACAAGCCCACCACCGUCGAGCACGGCAACACCCCAAUCACCCUCGACGUCGGCCUCCUCUCGUCCUUCGACGUAAACCCGCUCACAAAGAGCUACAACACCGACCGCGAAGCCUACCUAUGCUCGCGCGCGCGCAACGCAACACAGGCCCUCAUCAACCACAUCUUCCAGCUGCCCGUAUCGCGACACCCGGACCAUGGGCCCCUCGCCGCCCUGCCCCGCUUCACCACCCGCCUCCCGCGCGAAAAGAGCAUGCCCAAGCCCAAGCCCCUCACAAAGUGGGAAAAGUUUGCAAAGGCAAAGGGAAUCAGCUCAAAGAAAAAGGACAAGAUGGUCUACGACGAGGCAACCGGCGAGUGGGUCCCGCGCUGGGGAUACGGCGGAAUCAACAAAAAGGAAGAGGACCAGUGGAUCCACGUCCUCAAGUCGGGAGAAGAUGCCGACACCGACCCCGCCGCCCGCGCCCGCGGAGAGCGAAAGGCGCGCAAGCUCAAAAACGAGAGCCAGCGCCUCAAAAACGAGGCGCGCGCACGCGCAGAGAUGGCCAGCUCGUCCAAGGCCACCGACACCCUCGGCGGCCCGACCAACAAGAAGACGGGCCUCGGCAGCGGAUCGGCCGACCAGAUUGCAAAGGCCGCGGCGAGGCAGAAGCGAAAGGCCGAGCUCGAGGCCGACGUGCUGCGAAACAGGACCAGCACCGCCUCCAUGGGCCGCUUCGACAAGCGCCUCGACGGCGAGACCAAGCCAAAGGGCAUCAAGAGAAAGUUCGACCCAGCCGAGGGCGACACGACAGCCGAGCGGGCGCAGAGCCUGGCACUCCUCUCCAAGCUGGGCAAGGGCGCGCCCACGUCGUCGUCGAUGCGGCGCAAGAUGGCGGGCCAGGGCGACGACGAGCUCGUCAAUGCGCGGAAAGCCGUCAAGUUUGCCACCAACGGCAGCGGCAUCAAUGCCCUCAAGGGCAAGGGCCGCUCUGGCGCAGCAGGUGGAAAGAAGGGCGGCAGGAAGUGA